AUGGCUUUGAAGGAGGCGGGCGGCAGCAUCUUGCCCAUCAGCGAUAUGGUGUCGGGGCCGUCGGGCUCGCCGUUCCCCGAGGUAGUGGAGCUGAACGUGGGGGGCCAGGUGUACGUGACGAGGCACUCCACCCUGCUCAGCGUCCCGGACAGCACGCUGGCUACCAUGUUCUCCCCGUGCCGCGGCGGCCCAGCGGCGGCCCGCCAGCUGCCCAGGGACAGCCGGGCGCGCUUCUUCAUCGACCGCGACGGCUUCCUCUUCAGGUACGUGCUGGAUUACCUGCGGGACAAGCAGCUGGCACUGCCCGAGCACUUCCCCGAGAAGGAGCGGCUCCUGCGGGAAGCCGAGUACUUCCAGCUGGGAGACCUGGUGAAGCUGCUCUCUCCCAAGGUCACCAAGCAGAGCUCGCUCAACGACGAGGGCUGCCAGAGCGACCUGGAGGACAGCAACUCGCAGGGCAGCAGCGACCGGCUGCAGCGGGCGGCCCUGGACAAGCGCUCGGGCUUCCUCACCGUGGGCUACCGCGGCUCCUACACCACCGUGCGGGACAACCAGGCGGACGCCAAGUUCCGCCGCGUCGCCCGCAUCAUGGUGUGCGGCAGGAUCGCUCUGGCCAAGGAGGUCUUCGGAGAGACCCUUAACGAGAGCCGCGACCCUGACCGCCCCCCCGAGAAGUACACCUCCCGCUUCUACCUCAAAUUCACCUACCUGGAGCAAGCCUUCGACCGGCUAUCCGAGGCGGGCUUCCACAUGGUGGCUUGCAACUCCACCGGCACCGCCGCCUUCAUCAACCAGUACAGGGACGACAAGAUCUGGAGCAGCUACACCGAGUAUAUCUUCUUCAGACCCCCCCAGCGAACCAUUUCGCCUAAACAAGACCAUGAAGAAAGGAAGCACGACAAGGUCUUGGACAAGGGCAGUGAAAGUGGGACUUCCUGUAAUGAGUUGUCCACCUCAAGCUGUGACAGCCACUCAGAAGCCAGCACUCCUCAAGAAAAUGCCACCAGCACUCAGCCAUCCACAGCCCACCAGCCAAAUACUCUGACUUUGGAUCGUCCAUCUAAGAAGGCCCCAGUGCAGUGGAUGCCACCACCAGACAAACGCAGGAACAGUGAACUCUUUCAAACUCUCAUUAGCAAGUCCAGAGAAACAAAUCUUUCCAAAAAGAAGGUAUGUGAGAAGCUAAGUGUUGAGGAAGAAAUGAGAAAGUGUAUCCAAGAUUUUAAAAAAAUCCACAUUCCAGAUUACUUUCCAGAGCGCAAACGCCCCUGGCAGUCUGAACUCUUACAGAAAUACGGGUUAUAG